AUGAAGGCUAAAAAUCGUUCGAGAUACCGAGGAAGGCAGCCCUUACCAAAGUAUAUCAACCUUUCGCAAAGGUUUGUCGCCCAGACCACCCGGGCGGCGGGGUAUACCGGCCGGACUUCCCCUUCCCUGGUGGUGAGACUAUACUGCUUGACAUACGACCAAGUACUGCACUUUCAAUCCCGCCAAACUCCAUUCCUCAUACCCACAGCACCCCGUCCGCACCACGUGCACCUCGUAACACCCAAUAUGACCCCCAACUCGCACAUCCUCAGCCACGCUCAUUUAUUACGCCUCCGAACCAACCAAGAUGAUCGGUACUACUUCCUAUCUUACAGCGCACCCGCCAAUAACAAGCCAACCACUCAUCCAACAUCAACCCCAAGCACACUCAGAGACCUCUCUGAUGGGACACAUACCAGCUCCAUGACACCUACCGAGCCACUCGUCCUAUCCUGCGAUACUUUGUACAGCCUCGAGCUCGUCGAGUCCCAUAUCGGCCAGAACACUUUGAUUGGGGACUGGCAGAGUGAUGAUUCUGCCACCUACGAACAGUCAGUCUCUGAGAUUCAGGAUCAGCUCAGCCACGUCGAAAGCCAGUACUCUGCCCUGUCCGGCGGCGCGAUUCGUCGAGCUUCUCAGGCGCCUAACCAUGACCCCGCAACUGCGCUCUCGACCUUCCACUCCGUGUGUAGCCAGCUCUUGCGAGAAGGGGAGGCGGAUCUCACUGUCUAUGUGGAACCUGUACUGAAACUGAGGGAUGAUCUCGCCGCGGCGGUUAUGAAGGUGGAGCACAAGCGAGACGAUGAUGCUCAGAAGCAAGGAGGGAGAGGGGUCGGCGGACCGGAAGGCCACGUGAGAGGCGCGAUGUAUGGCGUCCAGGAGAUCAGCAAGCUGUGA